UGGUUGAACAUGAACGCGCCAAGUCUCCGGUUGGAAGCGAAGUGUAUAGAGCAGCAGCAGCAUCACAGCGUUGACAAGACACACUCGAUUCAAAAUGAAACUCGUUCUGAUGGCUUUGGUUCUGGUGAGUUUGGCAAUGCUGUCACCGAUUCGUGCUGAUGAGAAAAUGACCAAGGAUUCGACUGCUGACGAUUUCGCAGCCGGAAUGGAAGGAUUGAACGUCGACGAGACCAAACAUCGGCCAGUCUUCAUCCUCCCCAGACCAUUUCCGGUUUACGGUGGCUACGGCGGAUACGGGGGUUAUGGUGGAUACGGUGGAUACGGCGGGGGUUACGGUGGUUACGGCGGCGGUUUCGGAGGCUACGGCUAUGGUCACAGACCAUUUUACGGUUAAAAGGAUAACGACUACUUGACAAAAAUGGCUCUCUUCUGACUCCCUUUUCCAAUUAUUUCCAAGUGGCGUCUUCAGCUAAAUGUAGUAAUUUUUGAUAUCCGGAUAACGUCAUUUACCUUGAACACAAUUACAUAACAAGUGUUUUGAUAUCUCAACUUGUGAAAAAUCCCGGUGCCUUAUUCAUUUAGCAAAUACAAAACAGUUUCGCUUUUUAA